GGUGAGUUUGUGCACGACGACGUGUGGGCGAUCGUGAACAACCCCGACGUGCGGCCCGGCGCCCCGCUCGGCUGGGGCAUCUUCACCAACGACUUCUGGGGCAAGGGCAUGGCCGAGAACACCAGCCACAAGUCCUACCGGCCGCUCUGCGUCCUCACCUUCAAGUUAAACAUAUUUUUGACUGGCAUGAACCCCUUCUACUUUCAUGCAGUAAAUGUAAUUUUACACUGCCUGGUGACUCUUGUGCUGAUGUAUACCUGUGACAAAACUGUCUUCAAGAAUCGUGGACUUGCUUUUGUUACAGCAUUGCUUUUUGCUGUGCAUCCUAUUCACACUGAGGCGGUGGCCGGAAUUGUUGGCAGAGCUGAUGUGUUAGCAUGCCUGCUGUUUCUGUUGGCCUUUCUCUCCUACAAUAGGAGUGUGGACCAGUGUUGUGUUGGGGAGUGUUUUCCUCCCACAGCUUCUCCCUUCUUCUUGCUGCUCAGUUUGUUCCUGGGGACCUGCGCAAUGCUGGUGAAGGAGACGGGCAUCACGGUGUUUGGAGUCUGCUUGGUUUAUGAUCUCUUUUCCUUAUCUCACAAGCAAGAGAAAUUGAACAAUGGGGUCGUCCAUCAGUGCAGCCCACCGCAGCCUGGGAGCCCCCAGCCCACCUCACUGCCAGCGCACUCUCUUCGGGAGAAUGGGAAGCAGCAACGGUUUCCUCACAAAGGAUCUUGGAGUGGCUGCCACUCCCCAUUGCCACCGCAGCCCAAGAGCAGUGGAUUCCCGGUGUCUCCUCGAGCUGUGUGGUCCCUGAUGAGGUAUCUGACAGCAAGCAAUAAUAGAAAUUUCCUGCUUACCAUGAGGCCAUUCUUCAAAAGGGCCACCUUGGUUAUAAGUUAUGUGAUUGUCAUUUUAUACUUCCGUCUGUGGAUAAUGGGAGGAUCAAUGCCCCUCUUUUCAGAGCAAGAUAAUCCAGCUUCAUUUUCGCCUUACAUUCUUACAAGGUUCCUUACCUAUUCCUACCUCUUGGCCUUCAACACGUGGCUUCUGCUCGCCCCUGUAACCCUGAGCUAUGACUGGCAGGUCGGCAGUAUUCCUCUGGUAGAGACCGUAUGGGAUGUGCGGAAUUUAGCCACCAUCCUUCUGGCGGUUGUGAUGACCUUACUGAGCCUUCAUUGUUUAGCAGCCUUCAAGAGACUGGAGCACAAGGAAGUUUUAGUGGGCUUGUUGUUCCUGGUUUUCCCGUUCAUUCCAGCCAGCAAUCUCUUCUUCAGGGUGGGUUUUGUGGUGGCUGAGAGAGUCCUUUACAUGCCAAGCAUGGGCUACUGCAUCCUUUUUGUGCAUGGAUUGAGCAAGCUCUGCACUUGGCUAAAUCGAUGUGGGGCCACCACCCUGACUGUGUCCACUGUGCUGCUGCUGUUGCUUUUCUCUUGGAAAACUGUAAAACAGAAUGAAAUUUGGCUGUCAAGAGAGUCCCUAUUCAGGUCUGGAGUCCAAACUUUGCCCCACAAUGCGAAGGUUCACUACAACUACGCCAAUUUCCUGAAGGAUCAAGGUCGGAACAGGGAAGCGAUCUACCACUACAGAACUGCCCUCAAAUUGUAUCCACGCCAUGCAAGUGCCCUGAACAACCUUGGAACACUGACAAGAAACACAGCAGAGGCAAAGAUGUACUAUCAGAGGGCUCUCCAGCUAAAUCCACAGCACAACCGGGCUCUUUUCAAUCUUGGGAAUCUCCUUAAGUCCCAGGAGAAAAAAGAAGAGGCUAUCGCUUUACUGAAGGAUUCCAUUAAAUAUGGUCCAGAGUUUGCAGAUGCAUAUUCAAGCUUAGCUUCACUAUUGGCUGAGCAGGAGAGAUUUAAGGAAGCUGAGGAAAUGUACCAGGCUGGAAUAAAGAAUUGUCCAGACAGUUCAGACUUGCACAACAACUAUGGCGUUUUCUUAGUUGAUACUGGCUUUCCAGAGAAGGCAGUGGCCCAUUACCAACAGGCCAUCAAACUUAGCCCAAAUCAUCACGUGGCCAUGGUGAACCUGGGAAGACUCUACAGGUCUCUGGGAGACAACAGUGUGGCUGAAGAAUGGUAUAAACGCGCCCUGCAGGUGGCACGCAAAGCUGAGAUACUAUCACCCUUGGGAGCACUAUAUUACAACACUGGCCGAUAUGAAGAGGCUUUGCAGAUUUACCGGGAAGCUGUAGCACUUCAGCCUUCCCAGAGGGACCUCCGCCUGGCACUGGCUCAGGUUUUAGCCGUGAUGGGUCAGACAAAAGAAGCGGAAAAGAUGACCAAUCACAUUGUUUCGGAGGAGGCUGGAUGCCUUGAAUGCUAUCGCCUGUUGUCAGCAAUCUACAGCAAGCAGGAGCACCACGAUAAGGCACUGCAUGCUAUAGACAAGGCUCUCCAGCUGAAACCAAAGGACCCAAACGUCGUAUCUGAACUUUUUUUCACAAAAGGAAACCAACUAAGAGAGCAGAACCUUCUGGACAAAGCUUUUGAGAGUUACAAAGCAGCCGUGGAACUGAAUUCAGAGCAGGCGCAGGCCUGGAUGAACAUGGGUGGAAUCCAGCACAUCAAGGGAAACUAUGUGUCUGCAAGAGCUUAUUAUGAGAGAGCCUUACAACUGGUUCCAGACAGCAAACUGCUGCAGGAAAAUCUCGCCAAAUUGGAUCGCCUAGAAAAACGAUUACAAGAAGUUCGAGAAAAGGAUCAAACAUAGCAGCAUUUGACCUGAUCUCAAGGACAGUGUUGGUGCCUCUGGAAGAAGAAGUAAUGGAGGCCUUAUUUUUACAUCAGCAAAGGCACAACCAAUGAAGCUUUCCUCUACCCCCAGUUCGGGGUGGCGCAUUAGGGGAUCCCUGCUGGUAACCCUGUGCUGAGGAACUUACAUUUCCAAAAAGACAAAAAAGAGCAAGAAAAAGCUAGGAGGUCUAAAAGGGAAGGGGGAAAAAAAUAACUACGCAUUUUAUAGAUUAUUUUGCUUUAACUCCAGAUUUCCCUUCAUGUAUUUCUCUGCUUUUGCAACCCAGAGAUUUGAUUCUAUUUCUUAGUUUAGACUCUUAUGUCCCAGAAAUACUGAAGUUAGAAAUGCUGAGAGGGCAGAGCAUUGCUUCAUAAUGAGAUGGGAUAUUUCCAAGAGGACAAAUCCUCUGAGAUAAGCCAUUUGGGAAAUUCUACCAAGAGGUGGCUCAUUUAAUGCUCCAGAACAAGAAAGGAGUAUCUAAAAGUUUUCGUAGAACCUUCCAGAAUAUGUGGGGAAAGGGCUAUUAUUAAGUGAGCUUGAUCUAAUAGUCCCCUAAGGAUAUUGCUAGGUCCCUAUCGAGUAAUUAAAUUGUACUUUCAUGUAAGCUUUUCCAUUGCCUAACAUAUCAAAAAGAAAGCUUCUGGAUUUAUGUGUGAUAUUCUUAUCUCUAGGGGAAAAUCUAAGAUCUUAGUACCCCUAAUUCUUUAUGGAAAAUUUUAAAUUAUUUAAAUUUUAUUACAGGUAUUACUAGAGUAGUGGUUCUGCUCUAAGAUUUGAAAAGUGCUUUUAAAAUUAUAAAUGUUUCUGCCUCCACAUAUAUUGUUAUUUUGGUGGAGAAAAACAUAGUAUAUUCUACAUGGGAAUUAUUAAAGAUAUUAACUGAGAGAAAUGUUCUACUUUAUCUUAAUGUUUAGACAUCAUGAGAUUAUUAUUUUUUUGAAAAUUAUUUUUAACCAUUGAGAAAUCUUUACAAUAUAUCACAGAAGUCUUCAUAGACUCUAAGUGGAAAGAGAGCUUUAUUGAUUUGUCUUCCUGGGCAUAUGAGAAUUCUGUGCUUAGAAUGUGACUGAUGGAAACCCAGAAUUCUUGGCUCUGUAUUUGUAAUCCUGGAGAUUUCAUGGAGAAUGCUCAAAAAAUCUGAGAAAAAAGUCUAAAUUCAUAAUUUAAAAAUAUAUAUUUAUAUUUAAAUGUAAGGAAGGAAAAGUUGAACCUACAAUUUGACAUUUUUUAAUGUUAUUUAUUCCAUAACUUAUAAAAUAUUUAAUAUAUACAUACAUACAGUUUUUCUUUGUACAUAGUGGUUUUUAAUUGCAACUUUCAAACGUGAUCAUAAAAAAAUUAUAAAUCUAAAUUAAAAAUAGUUUGGUUGUAACAGCUUCUCAGAAAAGUUGUAUUGGUUAUUCACUCAUUAUGAAAUUAGGGAUUGGCCUUCAGUGUUUCGGUGGUAUUAUAUUUUGGUAUAUAUUUUAAAAGUGGACCACCUUUUAAUUUGGUCAUCAUCAUUAAAAUUUAAAAAAAAGAAACCACUCUGGGCAGUGCUGUUCAUGGUGCCGAUCCAGGUGUCAUUGACAUAUGGUAGUCAGAAGGCACACAUACUCCACAUGCUUAGCCCCAGGGUGAAAACCUUCUGCUUCUUUUCAAUCCAAGAUCAGGAAAAGGAAGAAAAACUUCUUUAAAAAGAGAUAACAUGAGGAAUGUUUUAAAUGCAAAGGACUAUAUAAUUUGCAUUAGCAUACCUCUGUUUGUGUGCAUCGAUCAUCCAAUAAUGUUUAUAUUACCCCUGUGACCUUCUGUUCCUAAUAGUCUUUUAAUGUUGUAUAUCACAAAUUUAUCCAAAAGUUUAUUUAAAAUAUUUUCUUUGGCCUCCCCACCCACAAGAUACACUUUUAUAGUCCUAAGCCAAGAAACUUAAUACAGUGCAUUUAAAAAAUAUACUGUGUUAUACCCUAGCCCCAAAAUAAAUAAUAUGAAGCUCUAGCUAAAACUAGUAUCUAGAACUUUAAUUACAACUUUUUAAGGAUAAUCUAUAACCAAAAUUCACACUUAGAAAGUUAAUGGAAAAAACUGAGCACCAAAUUUUGAAAAGCAAUUAUGCCUUACUUGAAGUGCCACUAAAGUUAUGAGAGUACGUUUGUUGGAAUAAUUGAAAUGGCAAUUACAGCCCAAAAGUCUCUGAGAGAAAAGGGUCACAUAGCCUUCAGGAGACUUUUUCUGCCUUCUUUUGGUGCUUUUCUCCUCUCCCUACUUCAUAUCUUUUUUCUCUUUUUCUCUAUUGCUCUGUCUUCAUACCCUGGCAUCUCUUUGAACAUUAAAAAUUAGCACGGUUGCAUCAGAUAUUUCUGUUUUGAGUUAAUACCUUCACUGAGAUGUGGCCAAUGGAAUAAUUUUCAUAGUUGAAAUGGUGCCUAUAAGAAAAUAAAUCACACGUUAUUUUUCAAAGAUAUUAAGUGUAUUUUGUACGAUUUUUAUUUGAUCUUUAUAACAUGAAAUAAUAUAUGGUUUUCGUGCUUAUCAAAAUAAAAACUGAAUGCCCCGGCUAGACAUGGAGAUGCAUCCAGGCUGCCCUUAAGAAAGCAUGAUUGGCACGUGAGUUGAUAAGCCUGUUUCUGAGAUGGAAUUGCAGAGCUAGUUACAUGGACGUGCAGCCUACACAGUCCUUCGGGAUCCUGCACUCUUAUGCUUGGUUGAAUAUCCUGCUUGAAAUUCUUAAUAAUCUUUAACAGGAGUCCUGUAAUUUCAUUUUGCACUGGGUCUUUAAAUAUAUGGCAGGUCCUGGGUAGGAGGGAAGAUGGCUGAAGACAAGACAAAGUUGCUUUAGGCUGGCUGAACACUUGAUCUAAUGAUCAGUUUCAUCUGUGACUCUGUCAUUCUGAGUAGCAUGUGCCAUUUUUUUCUCAGCUACAUUAGAGUUCUUUGUGUACAUAUCUCCCUCCUCCUACUGCCAGUCUGUCUAACCCACCUUUCACUCCUACCGAAAAGCAGUUCUUCUUGCCUUCAAAAUCCUCAUAAAUGGCAGCCCUUUAAUGUGUCCUUUGACACAGGAGCCAUGAGAAUGGCUUCAUAAGCUUAUUUCAAACUUGACAAUGAUUCAGGAUUUUAAAAAUGAUUCAGAUGUUUUCAAUUUGUUAAUGGCAGUCAUAAAACAUGGUUCAGUGAUGUAACAUAGGUAAACUAAACCAAAGAUUCAAAUACCUUGAAGGAAAAUUAAUUUUAUUUUAGGGACUCCUAAUUCUAAUGUGCAGCUAGGCUAGAGAGCCACUGCAGGCUAAUGAUUUCAAUGGGAGUGUAUGACUUUUACAAAAGAAAUGUUUAUAACCUUUCAUAAUUUUUACUUUUAAAUCUAGACUAAAAUGAGCCAAAGAAUUCUAAAGAACGAUUUAUGGCACAAUUGGUUGGUUGAGGUUAUUUUGAGACAGACAAACAGGUGGAUUAGAUGGGGUAGUUUUGCACUUGUGGCAGUUGGACUGUGAUUUGACCUUAUAUUUACAGAAUUUUUCAUUCUCAGAGGGAAAGGAAUUGCCUUGCCAUUUGCACGUACUCAAAGUGCCCAGUAUGUAAAACUCAUACUUUUUUACGAAUCUAAGAGGGUGUCCAUGACAUAAAGUUUAUGCCUAGACCUUUGUCUUUCUUUAGGUUACACACAUGUCAGCAUUUAAAAAUUAUUUCUUAAUUGUACUCAUUAGAAUCAGUUUGAAAAAAAUAAAACUUUUGCUCUGAUGUGUGAUGGAUUAACAUCUUAGAUUAAUAAAUCUGUAGGAUAUUAGUAACAACAUUCAAAGCAAAUGUAGUUUUAGGUGGUUUGUUUUUAAAUUUUUUCCUGAUUUCCAUGUCACAUUUACUUUGAUUAAAUUGUAUGUUGAUAUUUCCCAAUAAUAACAAAAUUUAUCUAAAUGCCAUCUUUUGACAUUGUAAAAGAACAAAUAUAGCUUUCAAAUUUUGCAUUCAGGCUACAAUUAAGAUAAAAACUUAUAAUGCCAAUAAUAUAUAGGGAAAUAUAACUCUUUUAUUAUUAUUCUUGAUGUUUUUGAUGUAAAAGAAAAAUAUGUUGAACAAUUAUUCCAAGAUUAGCACUUUCUCAUUAUUUUUGUUUUUAGUAGCCAUAUAGUUUAAAGAGAAGAAAUAAAAUACUGGAAUCAAAGGCAUGGUUUAAAAUCAGUAAAAUAAAAUGGCACAACAGAAUUGAUGAUAUUCAUAUCUAUCAAUUGGCUCAUAUAAAAAUGUUCUAUUUUUAUCACCAAGGAUCCUUUCAAUUAAAACGUUUAGGGUACGUAACUUGUAAAAUUAGCAUCUAUCAUAAUAUACAGUUAUUAUUAAUUUGUCACAAUAUACAGUCAUUAUUAAUUUGUAAGUUCACCCCAAACUGGAAAGAGGUGUCCAGAAAGCCAGGAAUUUCCUCCCCUUCUCAGUGGGGCACACAGAGUAUAUGUGUAUCACAUUUAGAAGUUUCCAAAAAAGAAAAAAAAAAAGUUUCCAAUGUGGAUAAUGUCCUUUUGGGCUGGUCCGUGAGCGGGGUACACCAGUUCAGGAAUCAGGAGGUCUGGGUUCUUAGUCUUUCCUCUGCCACCAGGAACUGGAGCCGCCUCACCCUGGGCGAGUUACCAAAUGUCUCAGUCAUGUUUAUCACUCAUUAAAGGAGGACUCACUGGGUAGUUCUAGGGAACUAUCAAGCUCUAUGGGUCUCCUGAAAUGAAUCCAAAUUGAAAGCCCUCUACAUCUGAAGCCAUAGCUGCUAAGUGUUGCCCUUCGUUUUAGAAACUCUUAAGAAAAUCACCACAACAAAACACAUACAUAAACAACCUUAAAAGUGACUGAACUGCCCAAGUGCUUUAACAUGGCAGAGCUAACCACUCUUAUUUUACAGUCUGUACCCAUAAAAAUCAGUGAUUUUGUUAUGUUUCUGGGAAAUAAAAAUAUUUUUAAAAUUUCCUCCUAAGGAAUUAAAAUAUCUAUAGAAGCCAUGGCUUGCUUUUAUAACAUGGAAAUCAUUUGACUUGCUGUAACUCACACCGAUCUCUCCUUCUGACGGGGGAAAUGACUUGCAUCAUGUUUUUUGUUCAUAAUGCUUUUAUUUCCUACUUUAAUCAGUUGUAUAUAAAUGUACAUUUUUGUUACUUUUGCUGCGCCAUUAGAAAUAUAUCUCCCAUAAAGUAUUUCU